CAGCAACCCCACCCACCGCUUUUGCUUUUUUCGUUCUCUCUCUCCCCCGUCUCUGCGUCUCUCGUCUGCGGCCUCCCCGCUCGGUCGCAGCCAUGCCGGACAUCACCGGCGACUCGCGGCGUCUGAAGAAAUCCUUCGACUUCGCCUCUAGUGUCUGUGCGUCGAUGCCGUGCCGCUCCCGUGCGACGCCUGUGCCCCGGCCCCUCUGACCCCGACGCCCUCUGUCCAGACGAUGACAUCCAGCCAUUCGCCUCCUGGCCCGGCCCGGCCAGCGGGCAAGACCACCUGGUGGACUUUGUCAAGCAGCAGCACGCCCACUUCAAGGACCUCUCUGUCAUGGACAAGACCAUGGUGCUGAUCCUCGUGCACUUUGUGAUCGACCGCCGGGGCGUCGCACCGUGCCACUUCGAGGAGCACCCGCGCGACAGCGUGCUCCGGCUUCUGGGGAUACUGCUCAUGCACUUUGCCAAUGCGGAGGACGACCCGGCCGGGGCCGACACGAGCGCCACCGCCUUCCGCCUGCUCCGGGGCUUUCUGUGCCUCUACCAGGAGGACGAUGACAUUCGGCUGCAUACCAAACAUGUCCUGGACCACUUGCGCCAGCGCAGCGGCCGGAAGAUCGACAAGUGGGCGGACGACAGCACGGCCCGGGCGCCGCCGGCCAGCCGGCCGGGCGACGUGCCCAUCGGCCGGGUGUUCAACCAGAUGUUCCUGACGCUCGGGGCCAAUGGGCUGGUGUAUGUGGACAACGAGGCAGGCAGGGGCCUCUUCCGGCGCAUGGCCGUGGAGGGGCACUGCGUGGCGGCCAUCACCUCGAGCCGGGCCCCGGGCCCGGGGGAAGAGGCCCGCGGCCCGGUCCGGGCCCGGGUGGCGGUGACCCCGCUGCGCGGCGACCUGCCCUCCUCGCUGGCGGACACGGCCGGCCUGGUGGCCAGCCUGCGCAAGACCCAGGUGUUCGAGUUUGACCUGGGCGACGCCACGGCCUACAAGUGCCUGGGGUUCUACCUGUGCAAUUAUGCCGAGGCCGGCCUGUGCCGGGGCAAUGUCCGGCUGUGCUACAGCUGGAGCCACAUCUUCGACCUGCCGGUGGAUCCGCUGGAUUACCAUGCGCACGGGGGCCUCAUCGAGCUGGCCCUGCCGCCGGGGUCGGAGCUCGGCGGCAAGAAGGCCCGCAGCGGGGCCGAGCACGAGGUGUCCGGGCCGCUGAGCGGCCGGCGCGGCCUGGCGGACUUGGUGCGGAUUUGCCCGGGGUUCGAGGGGGGGUGGAUCGCGGGCCUCCGGUCGGCCGGCCGGGGGCCGGAUCUCUUCGAGCAUGCGGCCAUCCUGGUGGAGCUCUUCCUCUACUACGAGCACAUGGGGUGCCUGUUUGAGCGGGAUCGCGAGGUGGCGGUGCGCAUGCUGGCCGGGGUCACGGCGGCCCAGGUGGCCACCGAGGCGGCGGCUCGCCGGGCGGCCUCGACGCAGGAACUGGCCGCCCCGGAGGCCGAGGCCGAGGAGGACGCCGAAUUGGCCGGCGCCUCGCUGUCCAUCACGCAGGAUGUGGUGCAGGCGGCGGUGCAGGCGGCCUUCCAGGCGGCGCUUCGGGACCCGGCCGGCCGGGCCGGGGGCGGCUGCUCGGACAGCGGGUCCGACAGCGACUCCGAGUGGGACCUCGGCGGGGACCUCGGCUGGGACACCAUCGACCGGGGGCCGGAUUGGGCCAGCGACUCCGAGUGGGAGGAUGCCCGGGCCGCCGCGGGGGAUGGCGCCGCGGUCGCCCCCUCGCCCAGCACGCUGGAGCUGCUGGCGGCCGGGUUGCCGGUCGACGAGACGGCCAAGCUGCUGGGCAAGAAGGCGGCCUCCGAGGCGGCCCGGGUGACCACCAAGCUGGCGGCCAAUUCGGCGGUCCGCAUGGCCGGGCGCAUGGCCACCAAGAUGACGGCCAAGAUGGCCACCAAGAUGGCCAACAAGAUGCUGGACGGCAAGCUGGACGAGAAGUCCGUGCGGGAGGCCCUGCACACGACGGCCUCCCUGGCCGGGCAGCUGGCCGGCGAGGAGUCCGGGGCCGAGGCGUCGCGCCAGGCGGCCAAGAUGUCCGCCCGGCUGGCCACCAACAUGGCCGCCAGCAUGGCGGUCAAGAUGGCCGACGGCCUGACCAUCGGCACCGUGUUCAAGGUGACCGUCGGGGUGACCACCGGCAUCGGGGCCAGGGACCUGGCCACCACCUUCUCCCGGCUGGCGGUCGAGUCGCUGCUGGAGUCGGUCAACCAGCUGGGCCGCGAGGCGGCCCGGUUGGAGGCCGGCCCGGCCGACCCGCCGGAGGUCCAGCGGCCCCCCCCGGCGGCGGUGGUCCUUCCCCAGCAGCCGGUCCUGGGGAAAUAGACGGGACCCCCUUGCUCUUUUUAUUCCUCGGCUUUUGCUCUUUCCUGGUGCGCGUCCGCCUGAUGGGAAGGCGCGUGCGGCCGGGCGUCGGCCUUGGCUGGGCGUGCGGCCGGGCGUCGGCCUUGGCUGGGCGUGCGGCACGCGCGGAGGAGCUGGCAGCCGGAGCAGUGGGCGGCCCUGCGUGGCCACGGAGCGAGGCGGGCGCAGGCCCGGGGCAGGGGAGCGGGGGAGGGCAAGGGCUUGGCGUGGCUGCAGGUCAUGCGGCGGGCCUU